UGCCAUGCCUCCACCUGCAAAGAGGCUGAAUUCGCUGCCCCACUGGCACAUUCCUAAUUUUGUGCUGAGGGUCGAGAACCUUGACCACGAAGGUGCAUCCGUUUUCUUCGACAACGUCAAACCCAAGGAAGCGCUCAAGCUCGCCGUGGAGACCUCAUACACUUGGCUAUAUACACCACUAACAGCACCUAGGCACGUGGAGACCAUUACCCUUGUCCUCCGAUCAUUCGAUGGCGUAGCGUACACGUCCGGCACCCAUGUGGAUAAGGAGAUCCACUUCUCCCUCGAUUACAUAGCCGGCUCCGCAGCUCGAGCCAAAGACGAGAUUCAAGGCGUCCUGGUCCAUGAGGUCGUACACUGCUACCAGUACAACGGCCUCGAUACAUGUCCAGGGGGACUGAUAGAGGGCAUCGCAGAUUUCGUGAGGCUGAAUGCAGGUUACAUUCCACCUCACUGGAAACCUGCAGGUGGCGACAAAUGGGAUAAGGGAUACGAUACCACGGCGUACUUCCUCGACUGGAUCGAGCAGCGAUGUGGCAGAGGCACUAUCCGCAAGCUCAACGCAUUUUUGAAAGACAGGAAGUACGACACCAAGGUGUUCUUAGCUGUCGCAGGGGAUUCGGUUGACGUCUUGUGGAACACCUACUGCCAGGAUUUGAAGAAGCACGAUGGGCAGAAAGGACAGGUAUAACCGAUGAUUCCCCCCGCGUGCAAGUUCGAGUAGUGUGGUAAUUACAACUGUAGAAGCUACAAUGAUAAGUAGUGGAGAAAACAAACAAGGC